AUGGAUAACAAUAAGAUAGACACACCUUUGGCUUCGUUUUCCUUAACACAUGUUCACUAUAACCCGGAGGACCCUUUAUCCUACCUUUGUGCUUUCCUUUCGCUCGUUCCACAAGCAAUUGUUGUUGUCUAUGUUGCGCUGAUAUGGGCAUCGCGGGAGGUUGAGGUCCUCUUCAUGUUUGCUGGCCAAAUCCUUUGCGAGGCGUUAAACUUUGGGCUGAAAAGGGUGAUUCGACAAGAGCGGCCGCAGCGUACGUUACCCCAGAACCUUUCUUUGCUAAGAUUCUUGUCGAUAUGGAAAUUCAUUUCGGCUCCGGCUAAACGUCAACCUUCUUUAGAGGUUUACGGCAAGGGUUAUGGUAUGCCCUCUUCCCAUUCGCAGUUUGUGGCUUUCUUCGCUUUCUCCGUAGCCCUCUUUCUUCUCGUGCGACACAAGCCCACCAGCUCCUCCACACUACCCAACGAUUCCCCAUCAACUCUCACAGAACGAGUUAUUCUUUCACUUCUCGCUUUUUCCGGAGCCGCUGCAGUAGCCUCAAGCCGUAUAUACCUCAAUUAUCAUACCCCGAAGCAGGUUAUGGUUGGUAUCGCGGCGGGAAUUGCGUUCUCUGUGGUUUGGUAUUUGUUUGGAACGCAUCUUCGGCGAUCGGGCUGGAUUGACUGGCUUUUGGAAGUAAGAAUGGCAAAGCUGUUGAGAAUGCGCGACUUGUUAAUAGGAGAGGACUUGGCUGAAGCCGGAUGGCAGAGAUGGAAAGUGAAGCGGGGACAAAGCGUUGUGAAAAAAUUCGAAUAG